CUAAACAAGAGAAGUAUAUUCAGGUGUGAAAGCUAAAGUAUGACCGUUAGUUAGCAUUUGGAAGAAAAAAGAAGCAACCCAACUAACAUUCCAAUAUUCUCAACUUUCUAUGGUUGAGGCUGCAGUCAUGCAUUCUUCAACCUCAUCAAUCUUUUCCAAUUACCCUCUCAUUUCUGCUUUUGUUGCGUUUGCUCUUGCCCAAUCCAUCAAGUUCUUCACCACCUGGUUUAGGGAAGGAAGAUGGGAUCUAAAGCAAUUAGUUGGGUCCGGUGGUAUGCCAUCUUCUCAUUCAGCAACAGUGACAGCCCUUGCAGGUGCCAUUGGCUUGCAGGAAGGCUUUGGAGGCCCUAUUUUUGCUAUUGCCUUGGUUUUCGCUUGUAUAGUGAUGUAUGAUGCUACUGGUGUAAGGUUACAAGCAGGACGCCAAGCAGAGGUUUUAAACCAAAUUGUGUAUGAACUUCCUGCUGAGCAUCCUCUGGCUGAAAGCAGACCACUUCGCGAACUUCUGGGGCACACACCCCCUCAGGUCAUUGUCGGUGGAAUACUUGGACUCUUAACAGCAAUUGGCCUUGUAAGACCCUUGACAAAGAAUUAUGGCCAUUCUUGACAGUAGUAAUCAAUUAAACUUCUGAUGUCAGCAACAGACAUUAAUUAUAUAGUUUCUAUAGAUAAAAGUUAAAAAGGGUUUUUAAUUUUUUUUUUUAAUCUAAAAUAAAGAAUAUUUUUCGAUAGAAAAACUUUCAAAAUUACAUUUAAAUUUGUAUCUCAUAGACACCGUGCAUUAAAAUUCAAUACUGUUUGCGGGCAUCUUAUUAGGUA